AUGGCGGCGUCACGAGUCAUCAAGCUCCCCCGAGAUGAUGAUGAAUCCACCUAUGCCCUCAUUCAAGUCAUCCAGAAUGGUUCCAAACCCUUGGAUGUAAAGCUUGUUGGAACAGAAGGCGAAGCGCCAUACGUGACUUCUUUGAAACAUGAUCGCGUAGCUUCACUACAGGUCCCGAAUUGCCCUGUCUCUGAGUCUGAAUGGCAGGCCAUAUUGCAGUCUCUGUUCGCACUACAGCCAACUGCGGAUAUACAAGCAACGGUCGGCAUCGAGAGCGAGACCUCUCUCUCAAUCACAGUCCGAAAGCGAGUUCAAGGAAUUACACAACGACUCGGCUCCAUAGAGUUGAAGCAUGACGAAAAUGAAGGCAUAGAGCUUUUUAAAUGGUGCGCCGAGGCCACCGAUGCUCUGACACAAAGCAACGUGGCCUUGGCUGAAGCCGCCGCCCAUGCGAAGGAGCUUGAAACCACCGUGAAGGAGCUAAAGACACAACUGGACGAACUUAUAACGUCAAAACAAGACGAUGAAACAGCCCUACUUCUGAAAUUCCGGGAUCUCCUUAAUGAAAAGAAGGUAAAAAUCCGUGAACAGCGAAAGGUCCUUGCCGCUGGCCCUUUCCAAAGCAGUCAGCCAGCAUCUCAAGGAUUGCAACCGCUGGACUCUAAGCCAUCUCGCUCGCCUGCCCCUUCUCGGCCUAGAAAACGGAAAGUCCAGGCGGUGGAAGCCCCAUCAAAAGAGCCAGAAGAUGAUGAAAUGGAGGUGGACAAGAUAAAAAUUGAGCCUCAAGACAGCGAGCAAGAGGAUACCGCAGAGGACACAGCGUCUGGUGGUAGCGACGACGACGGUAAUGACGACGACGACGAUGACGGUGAUACCCACGAUGAUAAUUCUGGGUCAGGAGUUGAUAGCAGCGCCGGACCUGCGCCUAGAGCACCGCCGCCUCCUCCCAAGAAAGCAGUUGAACAACCCCCGGCUCCGAGGAGUCUGCCUUUUGCAAAGAAGGCGGCGCCGGCCAAAGCACCAGCGGCAGAGGGGGAGACAGACUCUGAUGAUGAACUGUGA